GAACCUCCAUAGGCAGUCUCUCUUCUCGUGGUCCACACGAUGCCCGGUUUCCUUCACGGAAAAGUCGCAGCCACGAUAUUGCUCGACAAGUGUCAUCUUCCGAUGGUGUUGGUCCGUUGGCAAAUCAAGAUGAAACAGAAAUUCAGAUGUAGUACAAUUUUGACUAAGGAUUGACUUGCUGAGUGAUCGGGAGUAUCAUCAAACACGCACCUAGCGACCCCCACCGAGCAUUCACGCAGCUAGCUCGCCAUUCAUCCAUCGAUUCCAUGGCUGCUAAGCCUUUGCAUCUGCUCUUCUACUCAACACUAGUCAUGCUUGUUUCCCUCCAAUUCCAAGCGUCAUCCGCCCAAACCAACAUCACAUCAAGGUUCCCCCUACUGGCUGCCGCCGGCGCCGGCUGGUCGUCCCCGUCGGGCCGCUUCUCCUUCGGCUUCUACGCCACGGACGGCGGCCUCGCCAUCGGCGUCUGGCUCGCCACCGCGCCCAACAUAACCGUCACGUGGACCGCGAACCGCAACAACACGCCGGACACGGGCGGCUCGCUGAGGCUCACCUACGACGGUCGUCUCAUCUGGAUCGGCGCGAGCAUCCAGGACAGGCCGGUGGCAGUCCCGCCCCGUCCGGCAGUCUCCGGCGCCAUGCUCGACGAUGGCAACUUCGUCCUGUACGGCGCGGACGCGUCGGUGGUGUGGUCGACGUUCGCGUCCCCGACCGACACCCUGCUCGCCGGUCAGGACCUCGUGCCCGGGGCGCAGCUCUUCUCCAGCGUGUCCGACACCAACAGGGCCACCGGGAAGUACCGGCUCACCAACCAGCAAAACGACGCAAACCUCGUGUUGUACCCGGUGGGCACGAGCAACGUGGCAGACGCGGCGUACUGGAGCACGGUGACCUUCCAGAUUGGCUUCCUCCUCACCCUGCGCCUGGAUGCCAGUGGCGUGCUCUACCAGGCCAACAGCAACGGCAGCUUCACCAGCAACCUGACGCGAUCUGGAUCCGCAAAAGCUGGGGCGGAGGCCUACUACCGUCUCACGCUUGACCCUGACGGAGUUCUGCGUCUGUACCACCACGCCUUCGUGUCCGGCGGUGCGUCAAAGGCCAGCGUCCAGUGGAGCACACCGAGCGAUCGGUGCCUUGUGAAGGGCGUUUGUGGGCUCAACAGCUACUGCGUCCUCGAUCACGACGGGCAGCCUAGCUGCUUGUGCCCGCCUGGGUUCGGUUUCCUCGACGCGACCAACACGGCGCUCGGUUGCACGGUGAACUCCAGCGCCGGCGAAUGCAGAGGGGGGCAGCAAGACGCCGCAAGCUUCUCCAUGGCACCCACGCUGAACAUGUCAUGGGUGAACGCGGCGUACGAGGUGAUGGGCGCGGGCACGAGCGCGGCCGACUGCCAAGCGGCGUGCCUGAGCGACUGCUUCUGCGCCGCGGUGCUAAGGGACGCCAACGACGGCACGUGCACGAAGCAGCAGCUCCCUCUGCGGUACGGCCGCGUGGGCGGCGCGUACACGCUGUCCGUCAAGACCGGGGGAGCGGCGAACCCGGCGUCGGGCGGCGGCGGCAGCGGCAGGGACACCCGCAACAAACCCGUCGGCGUCGGGCGCGCGACCACCAUCGCAUUGGUGUGCAUCGGCAUCCUAGCAUGCGUCGCGUUGUCCGCCUUCAUCGCCUCCGCGCGGCUGCUCCGGGUGAAGCGCCGGCACGUGGCGCUCGCGAACGCUGACGCCGGCGAGGGCUUGGAGGAGGAGACGGCGCCCCUGAGAUCGUACACCUACCAGGAGCUGGAGCGCGCGACGCACUGCUUCCGAGACCCGUUGGGCCGCGGCGCGUUCGGCACGGUGUUCAAAGGCGCGCUGCGCGACGGCGAGAAGGCCAUCGCCGUGAAGCGGCUGGAGAAGCUGGUGGAAGACGGCGAGCGGGAGUUCCAGAGAGAGGUGCGUGCCAUCGGGCGGACGAGCCACCGCAACCUGGUUCGCCUCCUGGGAUUCUGCCACGAGGGCGCAAACCGCCUCCUCGUCUACGAGUUCAUGAGCAACGGCUCGGUGGCAGACCUGCUCUUCAAGGGCGGCGCGCCGGCGUGGCCCGACCGCCUGGGCAUCGCGCUCGACGUGGCGCGGGGCCUGCACUACCUCCACGACGAGCUCGACAGCCGCGUGAUCCACUGCGACGUGAAGCCGCAGAACAUCCUCAUGGACGCGGCCGGCACGGCCAAGAUCGCCGACUUCGGACUGGCGAAGCUGCUCCAGCCCGACCAGACGCGCACUUUCACGGGCGUCCGCGGCACGCGCGGGUACCUGGCCCCCGAGUGGUACAGGGGCGCCGGGCCGGUCACGGUGAAGGCAGACGUGUACAGCUACGGCGUGGUGCUGCUCGAGAUCGUGACGUGCAGGAGGAGCAUGGAGAUGGAGGAGGCCGGCGAGGAGCGCACGCUGAUGGAGCUAGUGUACGAGUGCCUGCUGAGGGGUGAGGUGACGAGGGCCAUGAGCAGCGACGAGGUGGUCGACGCGGCGGCUGUGGAGCGGGCGGUGAAGGUUGGGAUCUGGUGCGUGCAAGGAGAGCCUGAGUCGAGGCCGUCCAUCAAGAGCGUCAUCUUGAUGCUGGAAGGACAUUUGGAGGUGCCAUUCCCACCGCCUCCCGCUUCGUAGAAAUGCAGCUCCAUUUUAAUACCUCAAUUUUGUAGAAAUCAACAAUGUGUAUUUUGUUGUACUUUGGUUUGCCCAAAUGAUCCAACUGAUAAAUCAUGACAAAGAAUUCCAAAUUGAAAUACGACGCUCCAUUUUGUAGACA